UCGCACCUUCCUAGGCAAUUCUACUCCAAUAGCAAGAAUUUGGAUUUAUCCUCAAUGGCGGCCCGAGCAGUGGCCCUUGCACGCUUCGACACCGAUGCAGCUGCAGGAAACUGCGGGAGUCUGAUCUCUGGUGCUGGGACGACGGAGAGGUGUGCACGUCCAGGAAAAGCUACGGUUCUGGCCAUCGGACGAGCUGUACCGGGUGUGGUUGUCAAGCAAGAGGGCAUGGCAGAAAGAUACCUGCGUGAUGUCCACCGCGAUGAUGAUCCCAUUCUUCUUGCGAAACUUCAACGACUCUGCACGAACACAACGGUGAAGACGAGGUACACGGUGCUAACGGAGAAAAUGCUGAAAGAGAAUCCGGGAUUUUUGAUCGAGGGGGCGAGUACCGUGAAGCAGAGGCUGGAGAUAUCAGCCGAUGCUGUGACGAAGCUCGGGGUGGAGGCGGCGAAGAAAGCGAUGGAGGAAUGGGGCAGGCCUGCGGGGGACAUCACGCACCUGGUCUACGUGUCGUCGAGCGAGGUCCGACUGCCGGGGGGAGACCUGCACAUAGCGAUCAAUUUGGGACUGCGGAAUGAUGUCAACCGAGUGAUGUUGUACAUGCUCGGCUGCUGCGGGGGAGCGGCGGGCAUCCGAGUCGCCAAAGACCUGGCGGAAAAUAAUCCCGGCAGUCGUGUUCUGCUCACCACCAGCGAGACGUGCUUGAUCGGCUACCGCGCUCCUCAUCCGGACCGCCCCUACGAUCUCGUCGGAGCUGCGCUUUUCGGAGACGGGGCUGCUGCAAUGAUCAUCGGCGCGGAUCCCAUUCCUGUUGUCGAGACGCCGUUCUUCGAGUUUCAUUGGGCGGGCCAGAGCUUCAUUCCCCAGACGGAGCGCACCAUCGAGGGCACUCUGACCGAAGAGGGCAUAAUCUUCACCCUCGGCAGAGAGCUGCCGAAACUAAUCGAGCACAACAUCGACGAAUUUGCCCGAGGGCUGCUGAAGAAGAUCGGACUGGACCUCAAAUACGAGGAUCUCUUCUGGGCUGUGCACCCCGGCGGCCCUGCAAUUUUGAAUGCUGUCGAGAAGCAGCUGAAUCUCCCCCGAGACAAACUACUUUGCAGCCGGCAGGUUCUCUCGGACUACGGCAACAUCAACAGCAACACCAUCAUCUACGUUCUCGACUACAUGCGCAAGGCCAGUCUGCAGAAGCGCAAAGAUCUGCAAUGCGGCCUGUCCACGGAUGAAGAUCCCGAGUGGGGUUUCAUGCUGGCCUUCGGCCCCGGAGUGACCAUCGAAGGCAUGGUGGCUCGGAACCUCGUGUAGUUCCCUCGAUGUCAACCAGAGGGUCGGUCGCGGGUCCGCGGGCCAAAACAUUCUGCAAUACGCAUUUAACAAAUAACUCUGUUCCAAGAUCGAACACUUGCGACAUCGAUACCGUUUUGAAGUUGGUAGGUAGGUGGUGCUCUGUAGAGGAUGUAUAUGAUAAUGACAUAUUAUGCUAAUGAAGAUGGAUUCGGUUUUUGUAAUGGUAGACCGGGGGAUCACCUUGGAACUUUCUGCUGCCGAUGGCUGUCAUCCUUGUUUCCAGUGCCUCUCGAUCGUCUCAACGACGGGUCAUUCGCAGUCUCACGAUAAUGAACUUCCA